CUUCAGGCGUCAGCUUUUAAACAGACCCGCGAAAAAAACAGCUGAAACAACCCACAGAAGCCGUCGUAGUUCGACAUGGGUCAAGAAUUUCAUGUUGUCAGGUGCUUCGGCUGUGAGAGCUUUCAAGUYCAACAGGUGAAAAAGGUAAAGAAGUGGACCUGUAAGCUGUGUGGAGAGAAACAGACUCUGCUGAAGGAGUUUGGGCGGGGUUCUGGUUCAGACUGCCGUCGUCACGUCCAGAAGCUGAACGCCGCUAGAGGAGCUCUUGACGAGCAGGAGCGCCGUACCUGCUCCCUAUGGGAGCAGGAGAAGGAGGAGCAGCAGAAGGAGGACCAGGUGAGACAGGUGAAACAGGUGAGUCGCUGGAGCAAGUACCUGAACAGACCUGAGGAGGCGGAGCCAGAAGAACAAAACACACCUGAAGAGCUGGAGUUAGAACAGGAUGCUAGAAAGACUGGUUUGACGGACAGCCUCCAUUUCCAUGACACCAGGAAUGCCAGGAAGCGACACAGAUCAGAAGAAAGCACAGACACCUACCGCCCAUCUGCACAGCCACUACCUCCAGCAGCUCCUGGUCCCAGUGGCUCCUCCAGGUGGGAUUGUUUCCUCCGUGCUGAUGGACAGCAGGAGGAGGAGCCUUCUGUUUGUGGGCGGAGUCAGUCUGGUGCAGCUACGAAGCUCUGUCCCCAGUUUCCUGUUCGCUCCAUGUUUGAGAGCGGCGAGGAGUUCAGCUUUGAUGAUUUUCUUUAAUGUUUACAUUUCUGAUGUUUAGAUUUCUGAUGUUUGUUUACAAGUUUGACACUUCAGACUCAUCUCUUGUUUAAGAGUUUUAUUGACAUAAUUAAAGAUAAAACAAUUAGAAGUAA